UUUUACUUAAAAAAUCUAUAAUUUAAUUAUGUUUAAAUUAUAAAUUUAUACUUUUAAAAUAUAAAGAAAAGUGCAGUGCAUAUAUGGAAAAUAAAAUAAUUGCAUAAUAUUUAUGAAUAUAAGUGUAUGGCAGUGAAAUAAGUUUGUAAGAAAAGAAAAAUUUUCUAUUCUAUGUGUGAUUGACUGUCCGGCGGCGGCAGAAGUAGAAAAGAAAAAAACACGCUCAGUGACAACAACAAAGAAAAAAGUUUAAAAAAUUGUCUUAAAUGUUUUAUAAAACAUGGAAAACUUAAAAAUAAGUGAUAAUUUAUUUGCGAAUAUACGUUAUUUUGUUGUGGGCAAUUUAGAUGAGGAGGUCGAGCAAUUACUUAAAAAUGGAGGUGCUCAAUCGAAAAUCUUCCUAUCGGAUUUGGUUACCCAUCUCAUUUGUGCUCCAAAUUAUACCGAAGAAGAGCUGGUUAUGAAUUUAGAUCUCUAUACGGUAAUUCCCGUAACCGAACAAUGGAUUAUUCAUAGUGCUAAAUUGGGACGUUUGGCGUCCACCAAAGCCUUUGAUCCCAGUGAAGCACGUUUAAUGAAAAAUAUUUCCGCUGCCAUAGUUAAUGUAGCACCCAGUGAUCGUAAACGUUUAUAUGCCAUGUUAACCUAUCAUGGUGCCCAGGUAACUUCCAAUUUUAGUGGUAAUAAUACUCAUCUAAUAGCAGGCAUGGCCAUGGGUCCUGUUUAUACAAAAGCCAGUGCUUUGCCCAAGGGUAGUAUGAAUAUUGUAACACCCGAUUGGGUAGUGGAAUGCUUAAGACAAAAGAAACUAUUGCCAUGUGAUAUUUAUCAUCCAAGAUUGCUGAAAGUGAUAGAGAGACCAAAAUCAGCAUUGCCCCCGAUAACAGCAACUGCCACAACAAAUACUAGCAAUACAUCCAUAAAUAAUCCUACUAAACCUAUUCAAUCCACACCACCGCCACUAAUCACACCUACCACAACACAGCAACAACAGCAGCAGCAACAAUUAACGCCAACUCAUACACCACAACCAACACAGCCUUCAGUUGAACAGACAUUAUCCAACAUUUUAGGUUUCGAUGAUGAUCCUUUAUUAGAUAAAGCCACAGAAUCGUCAACUUCUGUCACCUCUCUAGAUGCUGCCCAAAGUAUUGCGAAUAUAAAGUCUCAAUUACAAGCAGCUGCUGUACAAAUAACUGCCGCCAAAGAUGUUAAGACUGCAACUAGUUCAACCGCAACUACCUCCUCAUCUAUAGCGUUAUCAGCAUCAUCAUCAACAUCUAUAAGUACACCCACCACUCCAAAACAUGAGAUAUCAGGAACAUCUGCAACUUCACCGUUUGCUGGAAAUAUGAGUGCUAUGGAAUCAAUAACAAGUAAUUUACAACAAUCGCCUAUACAGCAACAACAGCAGCAGCAGUUGCCUUUGCAACAACAACAGCAACAAACCCAACAACAAAUGCAAACUUUAUCACAGCAGCAACAAUCUUUAACGCAAACACAACAGAUUUUAACCCAACAACAAAAUAUACCACAACAACAGCAAACUCUAUCCACACAACAACAUCAACUUCUACAGCAGCAUCAACAACAACAGCAACAACAAUCACAAAUAGUUUUUGUUAGACCACGUAGUUUCAAUCAACAGCAACAACAGCAACAGUUGCAGCAACAACAACAACCACCCCAGCAAUUAUUAGCUGGACCCACAACAGCUCAGAGCUUGGGAAAUGUUUCUUCAGUGCCACCACAAAUCAUUCUACAACAAAAAGUUAUACCUAAUGUGGCCAAUUUACAAAUACAGCAACAACAAGCUCUUUCACAAUUGCAACAACAGCAACAACAACAGCAGCAGCAAAAUAUACAAUUACAGCAUCAAUUAAUGCAACAACCCAGAACACCACAAACUCCCACCUCCUCAAAUACUCCCCUACUAGAAUCACGUACUCCCACACCUACUGGCACACCACAGCCACCCAGAACACCUCAACCUAAUAGUGGCAGACAAACGCCACAAGCACCUAGAACACCUUCUACCACACCACAACCCCAACAACAAAUUCUGGGACAAUCCCCGCAACAUAAUGUCCAACAAAUACAAAUGUCACCAUCACAUCAAGCUGCACACAACAAUACUCCACAACAACAACAGCCUAGUCCACAAUCGCAACAAAUGCAACAACAAAACCAACAAACACAACAACAGCCUCAACAACAAACCAUAACCAUGUCACCACAGAUGCUGCAUCAACAUAUCCUUAGACAACAGCAAAAUUUGCAACAGCAACAACAACAAUUACAGCAACAAAUACAAAAUGGUCAAAGUUUAUCACCACACCAACAGGCACUCCAACGACAAAUACAACAUCAACAACAACAGCUAAUGCAACAGCAAUUACAAUUGCAACAACAACAGCAGCAGCAACAACAGCAACAAUUACAAAUGCAGCAGCAGUCACCGCGAAUGCAGCAAAAUCCUUCUCCAGCUCCACAAGCUCCUUCACCCUCUUUGAGUAACAAUACAUCCUCAACUGGUAGUGGUCUCGUUCACGCUAUGAUGCCACCACAAUCGCCAAGACAAUUACAAUCCCCUGCACCACAAAUGACACCACCGCCGCCUCCUCAAUCACCCGGAGCUGUUGUUGGUAUGCAAACGCAAAGUACCCUUUUGUCGCAGCAACAAUUGAGACAGCAAUUGCAGCAGGUUAGACAGCCACAGCAAAGGCAACAGCAGUCCCCACAACAUUUAAUGUCCCCACAACCAUUUCAACAGCCCCAACGAGUACAACUGCAAAUGCAGCAGAUGCAACAACAGCAACAACAACAGCAGCAACAAUCUCCCCAACAUAGAGCUUCUCCAUCGGCACCACCAUCUCCCCAACUACAUCAACAACAAUCUAAAUUGAUCUCAAAUCAAAAACCCAUCGAUCCUACAGAUCCAGUGCAAGUGGCUCAGAUAUUAAGUCGUUCAGCACCGAGUCCAAAUCAUGAGUCACUCAUCAUGAGAACACAACAGUUAAAACAACAGCAAUUGCAACAACAGCAGCAGCAACAACAACAACAACAACAGCAACAACAAUUAAUAACAAGUCCUGUAGGUCAACAAAGUAGUGGUGGUGGUGUUCAACAACAACAGCAGGCUAAUGCUGCUCAAAGACAAGUGAUUAAUACUUCAACAGCUCAGGGUCAACAAAUAAUACAAAGUCAUAUGAUGAAUAUUCAUCAACAACAACAACAGCAGCAACAACAAAAACAGCAAAUGGUACAGUUACAGCAACAACAGCAGCAGCAACAGAUUUUGCAGCAAAAAACUGGUUUAAUAUCACCUCAACAGCAGCAGCAACCUACACAGAUACAGCAACAAGUUAUAAUACCACAACAACAGCAGCAGCAACAGUUGCAACAACAGCAACAAUUGCAACAGCAGCAAUCCCAACAAAGUUUGCAACAACCCAACCAACAGCAAUUACAAUUUGCCAGUCCCACCUCCGCUCCCCAACAACAGCAACAACAUGCUUCUAAUAUCAGUACAGUAACUGGCCCCGGAGGUGUUAGAAUUAUACAACAAACAAUACAAGCACAACCGGGUUUCCCGGGCGCACAACAACCCCAACAACAACAACAGACACAACAAAUUUUGCAACAGCGUCAAACUCAAUUGCAACAGCAACCACAAAUACAACAACAAAUCAUAACACAACAACAGCUGCAAAGUCCUCAACAACAACAAACAGGGCAAUUACAACAGGUAAUUAACGCUAAUGUGGGUGUUUCUCAAACUCCUCAAACGCCCAAUAAGCCGAAAUAUAUCAUAAGUCAGCAGCAAUUUAAUCAGUUAACACCACAGCAACAGCAACAGAUUUUGCAGCAAAAUCAACAAAAUCAAAACUUUUUUAUAGUUAAUCAAACAAACGUAACUCAACAGCAGCAACAACAGCAACAUCAGCAGCAACAGCAAGUAGGACAACAACAAAUUAUACAACAGGUGGCUCAAAAUCCUAAUCAACUUAUCAAACAGCAGCAACAACCACCUCCUUUAUAUGCUCAAAGACAACAGCAACAACCACAAACACAACAGCAAUUAUUAGAUUUGGAGGGUAAUUUAUUGCAAUCUCCUCAACAGCAGCAACAACAACAGCAACGUAUCUUAUUGCAGCAGCAACAGCAAACACCCAAUGUUUCCCCUCAACAACAGCAGCAAAUUGUUAUUAAUCAACAGAUAAUUAAUAAUCCUCAACGUUUGCAAUAUUUGCAACAGCAACAACAAUUACAAUUUCAACAAAAACAACAAAUGCAGCAACAAGCUCCCAAUGCUAUUGUUGUAGGACCUCAACAACAACCGGUGCAACAGCAAAUAGUGCAACAACAAAUAUUGCAACAAAGUUCCCAACAGCAAUCACAACAACAACCAAUAAUUAUACAACAAACCAUACCACAGCAACUAGUGCAAGGACAACAGCAACAACAAUCCAUACUACAAAGUCCCCAACAGCAGCAACAGCAAAUUUUGGUACAACAGCAAAAACAAUUACAAAUGCACCAACAACUAAUAGAUAAUCAACAACAAAUUAUCUUACCUCAACAACAACAACAGCCUUUACAGCAAACAGUUUUAAUACAACAACAGCAAUUAAACCAACAAACUCCAACUCCACAAUCUCCUCAACAGCAGCAGUUAACACAACAGCAUCAACAACAAAUUCUAAUACAACAAGAAUCUCCUCAACAGCAAACACAACCACAACAAACACAUUGGUCUCCUCAAAGUCCUGCUCAGCAGCAACAACAGCAACAACAACCGGGAACCCCAGGCUCCAUAACCGGCCUACAAUCUCCCUUGCAGGGACAACAAUCACAAAUUCAACAAAUCAUCCCACAGCAACAACAACCCCAACAGCAACAGCCACAAUUUAUACGUACAGUACGCCCUGCUGGACAGUGGCAACAACAAGGUCUACCACCCGGCACUCCCCAACCACAAAGACAACUAAUACAGCUGGACGACAAAACUCACGCACAUUUCAUGUCUCUAGAUCCCAUUAAACGAGCUGAAUACAUUUCAAAACUACAGCAAUCUAAACAAAGGGUAAUGGUUAGACAACAAGUGGCCUAUCAGCCUAGACCAGGAGCUCCCAAUGUUGUAGCCAGUGCUCUAGGUACAACACCCCGACCUGCUGGUCCCACCACACAACACAUCAUAGUUCAAAGUCAAAUGCCGGCUGGUCUUACGCAACAGCAGCAAAUGCAAUGGUUACAGCAGCAACAAAGACAAGUAGUGGUUAGAACAGCAGGAAAUCGUGCUCCCGGUCUCACACCUAUUGCUCAACAACAAGUUAUUACUACUGGCGGUACUCCGGUCAGUAUAACACAACAACAAAUACAACAGCAGCAGCAACACAAUGUUCAACAACAGGUGUUUAAUCCAAAUGAUCCUAACCAACAGAUGUUAUUGCAAAGACAACAGCUAAGAGUACAAUUGCAACAGCAGCAACAACAACAACAACAACAGCAACAACAAAUGUUGGGUCAAAAGCCUCAGCAAACGGUACAGGUAAUUACCGGUCCUGGUGGUCAGGUUAUAGAGCAACAAACUAUAAUACAAUCACAACCGGCGGGAGCUCAACAGAUCGCUCAGACUAUACAAGGACAACAAGGUUCGGGCAAUAUAAUUACAGCCUUAGCUCCACAAACUGUACUCAUGCCCAAUCAAGGCACUGCUACCAUGGAUGGUCAACAGCUGCAGCAGCAACAACAACAGUCCGGCAAUCUGCAACAAACUCAACAACAAAUGAAUUUGAAAACUAAAACGGCCCUUGCCAACAUGUUAAGCAAUCGUUUGGGUGGAAACAACAAUGCUAUGCAGAUGCAAACUCAAAUUGCCGGUGUACAGCAACCGACACUAGUGCAACAGCAAAUACAAAUGCAAGAUCCUAAUCAGCAGCAACAGACAAUGUCACAACAGCAACCACAAAUAAUACAACAAACACAAGUGGUAGUAGCAGGACCUCCACAGCUACAGCAGCAACAACAACAGCAGCAGCCACAACAGCAAUUGUUAAUAGGCCAACAACAACAACAGCAGCAACAAUUAAACCAACAGGGCGUUAUGAAUGCCAUGCAAUCUCAACAACAGCAACAACAAGUAGUGGAGGCUAGUGCUGCUGGGACUUUACGCAUGAUGACUCAACAGCAUAAUGCUGCUUCUUUACAGCAGCCUUCACAACAAGUUGGUGCUACGCCUGCUGGUGCUACUGUUUCUAGUGUUGUGGGAGUUCCACGUACUCAGCAGGAACUUUUGCUACUACAGCAGCAACAACAACAACAGCAACAGCAGCAACAACAAAUACGUAGACCCAUUUUACAGAACCAAAUGUCGGCCACAGGUCCAGUAGCUGUUAAUAAUAUUAUUGCCGCUGGUGUACCACCACAACAGGCUGUGCAACAACAGCAGCAACAACAAGCUGUGCAGCAGCAACAACAGAUUGUUCAGCAACAAUUGGUAGUUGCUGCUGCCGCUCCUGGCAGUGUUAGUGGUGGUGCAAUUCAGCAGCAAGUGGUAGCAGCUCCUGGAACUGCUGUACCCACUAGUGUUAUGACACCAGCCGGCUAUGUACACCAGGGCCGUGUUACUCAAUUGCCAAUGCCUCCACGUCCUCAAUUCUAUGGUCAUAAUCCAAAUUUAAAACUGCCACCUGAUCUAUUCCUUGUUGGUUGUACUUUUUACAUAGUCGAGGAAUAUGAAGAAACCGAUGGUGAAGAAUUACCCAUAUGGAUGGAAACUAUUAGACAAUUUGGUGGUGAUAUAGAAAAGAACUAUUGUCCUCGUGUUACGCAUGUCCUAUGUCGUACUCAAAGACAUGGUGUUGUCAUGCAGGCUCUACGCGAUGCUAAACGUUGCAUUACCGCCUACUGGUUAAGUGAUAUUUGUCUAAAGAAACAGUUACUACCUCCCUGGCAACCUUUGCAUUUACCCUUUCCCUCACAGUUUGGCUAUCAGAAACCGCUGGAACGGCAUAUCAUAGCUGCCAAUGGUUAUGAACCCGAAGAGGAACAUCGUAUUAAACAAAUGGUCCAAGAGUGUGGUGCUAUUUAUACUUCUUAUUUAUCUAAAUUACAUACUGUCUUGGUGUGUAAAAAACUGGAGGGUGAAAUGUUUAAUGCCGCCAAAGAAUGGAAUAUACCGGUGGUCAAUUCGUUGUGGUUAAGUGAUAUUACUAUAGGAAAUUUGAGUUCCAUGUCACAGUAUGACAAUCAAAAGUAUCAGCAGUAUAAUAUAACACCACCGUUCCGUAUUGAUUAUGGUCUGGUGCCGCAUUUGAUGGCUGCCUGGAAAGCACCCAUCAAUCUAACACAAGAUGCUCAUGAACGUGUUAAACGUUAUUUGGCUGAUCCCUAUUAUGAAAAGGCCAAACGACAAAAGAUUUCACCCUAUCAAGAAGAAUUACCCGAAACUAUAGUUUGUGUGGAAUAUCCACAAACUGCUAAACCACCAAAAGUAUUAUUUUCACAAGUAGCUGAUCCGGAAUCUCUCAAAAAGGCUGUGCUAUCUCUGGGCGGUAUUGUGGUAGACAAUCCCUCGGAUGCCACAUAUUUGGUAAUGACUUGUGAAAGUCGUACCUGUAAACUAAUACAGGCAGUGUGUCAUGUUGACUAUGUACUCAAAUCUCAAUGGGUUGUUGAGAGUGCUAAAGCGGGUAAAUUUCUAUCACCCGAAAACUAUAAAAUACAAUAUAUACCAGUAGAUGAAAAUCUUAAAUUUCAUUUGGACACGGUAUUACAGUCUAACACACGUUCUACUCUAUUUGCUGGUCGUUAUUUCUAUGUUACACCCGAUGUUUUUCCGGCACGCUCCGAAGUAGUACGCAUGAUUGAAUCCUCGGGUGGUAAGGUAGAAGAGAAACGUCGUUCUUCUCAGGCUAUAGCAGAAACACAUAAUCAAUCACCUGAUUCUUAUAUAAUCGUAACAUGUCCCAAUGAUAUGCAUUUAUGUGUGGAUCUAACACGUUUUGGUAAUCCCAAAUGUCCCAUAGUAUCGACUGAAUUUGUUAUGAGUUCUAUACUUAAGCAAACGCUUGAAAUAGAACCACAUAUUAUACCCUAUCUGUACAAUAAUAACAACAAUAAUAAUAUUAAUAAUUAUGGUGGUAAUAAAGCAUCAUCCAAAUAGCCUUUGCUAAUAAACACACAAGAAGUUCAAGAAUCACAUGACUUUGAAACUAUUACCGAAUUAUUUUUGCAAAAAUAUUUAGAUUUGGAACCGCUAAUGGAAACAUUUUAUUCCUAAAGCAAACAAACAGAAACAACAUGUACAUUUAUCAUUCAUCACAUUUAUACAUUUUUUUUAUUCUCGUAUUCAUAAACAUUUCCUUAGUUCUGUACAUAUUCAUUCAUGUAAAAUAGUUUUGUGCAUUAAAAAAAGUAAAUAAAAUUUCUAAAAUUUUAUUGUAACAAAAAA